ACGCACCUUUUUUUUAUGACGUUAACGCAACGAUGACUAGCUAAAAAUGGCUCUAAGGUGACUAAAACCUGACGAGACGCUUUCGAGUUUUCGUUGACGAGACGAGACGAAACGAAAAUGAUUAUAAGUCUGACGUUCACAAUGUGUGUCAUUUCUGCCUAUUUUGCGUGAAAUCUGUCUGUUUUUACCUAAAAAAUAAAGUAUCAGCAAUGCUCAUGCUGCCGCUUACUAUCCUUGUUUUGGGUACGCCCACCACCCGGCUGCCGCCAUGCCGCGCACGCGCACCAGACUCCACACAACAACAACACUCCGGCUAGUCACUUGCAACACCUCUUUGAAGGACCAUGGCGGUGGCGCCAAUAAACGGGCUUGGUGGUCGGAAACAACGUGAUGAUUUGUGGACAUACUUUGUGUAUAAUCCCUCAGAAAGAAAAACUGAAUGUGUAGUAUUGGGAGACGACGGUAAAUGUGGCCACAAACUAGGUGGGAAGAACACCACCAAACUCAAGCGGCACCUGAAGGCUCGUCACGCUGCUAUUUUUUCAAAGAUCCCAGUGACCAGAACUCCUAUAAAGAAAUCUGGUUGUCCAAAUAACGAAAAGGCACAGACAUCUAUCGAAACAGCCUUUGCCGCAGGAUCUAAAUACAAGUCAAACUCUGUGGAACAACGUGUCAAAGAACAAGCGCUCGCUCUUUGGAUUGGACGCACUGGUCUACCUGCUUGCACAGUGGAGGAUGAAGAUUUCAUCCACAUGAUCGAGACCUUUGAUAAAAGGAUGACCAUACCCAAAAGAACAAAAAUAAACAACUUGGUUGACAAGAUUUAUGAUGAUGAAAAACUGAAGUACAAAGAGCGGCUUGCCAGAGCACGUAAAAUAACAAUUGGGCUGGACAUAUGGACCAAAAAAGGACUUACAGCUUCAUUUCUGGCAAUUAGUGCAUGUUUUUUUUGCACUAUGGUAAACAAAGCACAGCACAUAUUGUUGAGACUUGAUCAGAUCGCACACCCACACACGGCAGAGUGUAUUAAACAUUCUGUUGACCAGUGCAUAGAGGACUGGGGAAUACCACAACACAAAAUUCUAACAGUCAUAACUGACAACGGAAGCAACAUGAUUGCAGCAUUUAAGUCUAAUGAACCAGAUGAGCCCACUAGCUCCGAGGAUGAAUCCACUGAGACGAGUGACCCUGAAGAUUCUGAGGUGGCUGUUAGAGAACACCAAAGGUUUGGAGCCAUAGAUAUGAGUAGGACCCCCUGCGUUGUACACACUCUACAACUUGUGGUGAACAUGAUCCAGAAAGACACAAGUGUCAACCGACUGCUGAGCAAAGUAAGAGUUCUUGUUAAGCUCUUCCUGUCACGGUGA